AAAAUGAGCUUCACUGAUUUAAAUAGAUCGACGGAAUCACGUGAUUGAAUCAAUUGAGAGAAAAAUCCAAAUGUGCUCCACCGAGAGGACUGAUUACGAUUUUCGCGAACGAUGAGGUCGAUGAAAUGCGGGAGAUAUCGCAGGAGGAUAAUUGCAGAAAUUUUUGUGUUUCUGAUUUACAUCGAGAUUAUAGAUGGCCAAGGUUUUAUGUUUAACAACCAGCUGGCAGUUAUCGCAAAUGAUUGCUAUACAAGAGUGGCGAUUGGUUCUCGAUUAUCGGAUGCUAAUACCACUACUGUCCAGGUAGCAACAGUUUCCGAUUGUGAAGAUGCGUGUUCAAAUAAUAGAACUACAUGCAAAUCUAUUAGUUUCGGAAUUGGAGUGAGAGGUAAUGCAUCCUGCAUACUCGGGAAUCAGAUUCCAAAUUCCGAUACUCUCCAAACAGAUGAAGAUUACGAUGUCUACAUCAGAACUCAAAAAACACCACAUUGCGAGGCUGAUCGAUUAUUCAGUCUUAGCGGUGGUAGAAAGAUGCAAAUGUCCAACAAUAUGACCACCGUCAUGCCAACUAUUAGCUUCAUGAACAAUCCGCUUCCGAUGCAACCCGGUGUCGUCUUUCAAUCAACAAGACCCAACGGAGACAGGAGUACCGGAAGCACAAUUAAUCAAAGAUGGUUUCCCACCAACGACGACGACUUUCGAUCUUACGACAUCGAAAGAAAUAAAAAUAUCCAUAAGGAUUCCCACGAUAAAAGUUCCACACAUGAUUCCAACUACAACAAUUACAACCGAUUUGAUAAAAAUGGAGGAGUGGAUGAAAAGGCACCUGAGUUUUUUGAUAAAAUUGAUUAUGGGUCCUUCUUCGGACACAAAAUUAGGACCAUAGAAUCCACGAAAAGUGAUUCUGGCGACAGUGGAUUUGGAAGUUUUUCCAUCGGGAAGAAUCUUUUUCCAGUGGAUUAUUCCGAAUAUUCGAAACCGAUUGUUCAACAAUCAUAUUUAACAAUUUCUGGAAAAUCAGAGACUGGAGGAAGUAAAGGUUUUGAUUCAAGAAAACCGGUUUAUACAGAAGUUCCUUUUGUUACAAAAUCUUUAGACAAACCCCCUACGGGUUCUUUUGGAUUUGUGAUCGAACAUGGUUCUGAUAAAGUGGGUUAUUCUGGGAUAAAUUUUGGUGGAUCAGGUCAUCGAACUGAUGUGGGUGUUAGGCCUAUUUCAAUUUUCGAAUUUCAUGGAAUAGAUAAGGCAAAAAGUAGAAUUGAAGAUUCGGAUGAUAAUGGGUCGAGAUUUAAAAUGAACUCGCACAGUGAUCAUGGGAUUUAUCGGUAUUCAACACCGGUAGUUCAUCGUAGAGAACCCGAAAAUCACAGGUUUCGUCAGACAGGUCAGCUACCAGACACUUCAGUUUUCAAGUAUUCACCGGAACGGAGUUAUCCUCAUUAUGUCACUGGCGGGAAUGAUGGAGGACACGGAAUUGGUAGUACUAAAGCUUGUUAUCGAAAAAUACCAGGGAAAAAAGUCGCUGAAGUUCACAUAAGACGUACGAUAGAAUGUGAAAGAAUGGAAGACUGUCGACAGGACUGUGAAUUGCAAAAAAAUUUCCCUUGUGAAGGUUUCAGCUACAGACGAAUGGGUACCAGUCCUCGCGGAAUUUGUGAACUAGCAUCGAUGCCAUUUUCAAGAAUGGACCUUAGCAAAGAUUUUAUGUCAGAUUCUCAUUACGAAUAUCAUGGCAGAGAUGCUGCCUGUUAUCGAAAAAAUUACGGUGAAACUUAUAAUAACCAAAGACCGUGGAGAUAUCCGACCCCAAAACCGAAUUUGCCUUACGGACCGCCCCGUGAUUCUUGGAGGUCUCGUCAACCAGAUAGAGCAUUUUCACCUCCACGCUUCGGAGACCGGAUACCAGACAAUUUCUACAGUAAGCCACCAGAUUACGAUCGGCGUCCUGGAUAUGAAACACCUCGAGAUGGCUCCCGUUAUAGCGGUAGACCUUACGUAGUACCACGUGGUCCAGAUGAUUCUUCUCAUGGAGGGGGUGGAAGAAGAGGUCCUGAUAGAUCUGAUUAUAGAACUUUUGGAUAUGGAAGACCUUAUCCUCCAAGACCUAUAGAUGAUCCACCAAAUCGACCAAUGGAAAUUGAUGUUUAUUCCCGUUAUCCACCGAAACCCCCUCAUUAUCUUCAAUUUCCGGAAAGGAGGGAUGAUCAUGGAUAUCCCGAUUCUGUUACCGACACAAACGAAGUGGGCCCUUACAUAGCCGGCGACCGAAAGAAUGAUUGGGGAUCUUACAGUAACACUUACGGUAGUUCAUAUGGUUAUGAUACCAAUCAGAUCAGUAAAUUAGAACCGCCAAAAAACGAUCACGAUCCCCAUAAAAGUCCUCGGCCCUUUGGUAACGAUCACGUCUACGGUCAGUUUUAUAAUUAUGGUGGUGCUUUUGGUUACGGAGACAAUUAUAUACCGACUAAUAGAGACGUGUUAUAUGGAGGAACCGAAAAUGAACACGAAUGUUCCAUAAGAACUGGAGCUGGAUUCAAAGUAGGAAGGAAUCUAAUCGGCAGUACUUAUCUCGCCCAAAACGUCGAUGAAUGUGAAAAGUUAUGUCAUCAAGAAAAGACACUACUUUGCAGAACAUAUUCUUACAGGUAUAAUGUAGAAGCUACAGAUCCAACAAAUAAUUGUCUCCUGAGUGCAAUUCCUUAUGAAAACCUCAGUUUUUAUAUGGAUAUAGAACCGGAUCGAAAUUAUGAUAUCUAUGCAAUGGGAAAAGACACAAGCCGUUGUAUAACUUCCAAACAACCUGAUCAACGACCUCCUGAUGAUUGUUUCUGGAGAGUUAAAAGUGGUUUCGGAAUGCCAACGGAUGUAAUAAAGAAAGGAACAUCUGUUACGGGUCUAGGAGAAUGCGAAUCAGAAUGUGUUAGAUCUCAAGAAUUUACUUGCAGAAGUUUUGUUUUUAGACAUGGACAAGACAGCUCUGGUGACUCACUAAAUUGUUUCCUAAGUGAUUGGUCUUCUCAGGAAAUCAAUCCUGAGAAUUUAAUUGAUGCUGAUGGAGCCGAAUUAUAUGAAAGAGGUAGUUUUGGUAGAGGAUGCGAACCCUUCCCCUUUACCCGAAGACCAAAUGUUGCUCCAACCAACAGAAAAUUCCCAGAGGGGGGAGAAGUAUGCUACAGUUCAUACCAAAAACCAUGCAGAUUAUCUCCAUAUUCGGUAGUACUUUCAAUUCGUGUGGAAACUGAAACAGAUUGUCGUCAAAGAUGCUCGAAAAUGAGAUCAAAGGAUGACGUUCCUUGUUGGUCAUUCAGUUAUAAGAUCAAAGGAGAUGGAUCAGACAAUAAUUGUCUUUUAAGUGACGUUCCCAGCAGAGAUUUGAGGCCAGGCCUCGAUUACAUUUACGAUGAUGAUCAUAUACUAUUUGUAUGGCAAGAAUUAGAACCUCAGUGUCUACUAAUAGAUGACACAUCCGACAUUGUAGGUCCAGCAUCUGUUCCUGGUAGACCUAUUCCCUAUCCAGAUGUUGAAAGGCCUAACUAUGGUAGACCUGGAUCAGGCCUUCCGCCUCAAGAAUAUGAAAGACCAGGAUAUGGUUCUCUACCUUCAAGUUAUGAUAGACCUAGUUAUGGCCCUCCAAACCAGAUAAAACCGAUUUAUGGACCUCCGUCUUUAGAUCAUAGAAGGCCUGGUUAUGGUCCACCACGUCCUGAUCGACCUAAUUAUGAAUAUCUACCUUCUGAUCAUGGUAGACCUUACUCAGAAAAUGAAAGACUUCCAGGUUAUGCAAAACCUCCUCCACAAUCUGAAAGACCUCGUCCAGGAUAUGAAAGGCCUCCUCCAGAAUAUGGAAUACCACCUCCAGGUUAUGGAAGACCUCCUUCAGAAUAUGAUAGACCUCUUCCAGGUGUUGGAAGACCUACUUCGGAAUAUGAUACACCUCAAGCAAGUCAUGGACGACCUCCUCCGAUUCAGAAAAGACCUCCACUUCCUGAUAAUGAUAGACCUUUGGAUGGAAACCUUAUUCCUGAUGAUUCCCAAGAAGUGAUUCCCCUUAAUCCGAAUAGCGCUCACCCAGAUAGACCUCCUUAUCACGAUAGAAAAGAAGGACAUGGAGCUUAUGGAGGAGGAUUUUCUGAUGAUAAAUUUAAUCAUGGGGUUGGAUUCCAUGGUUAUGAUAAUAAGCUGGGAGCAGUCUAUCCAGAUGGGCUUACCGUGUUCCAACAUUAUUCAGUAAGUGGAUAUCCAUGUAAGCGAGGCACUAAAUGUGAAAGGAAUAAAAUUGCUGGAUUCUGGUCGUGUGAAACGGAAGGAAGUGAAUUUGGAUCUUGGGACUACUGCUGCGAGCCUACUAGUCACUGUGGGUUUUCAAAGGGAUUUAAUUAUCCAUGGUGCUAUGUGGGACCAGUGGAAGAACAGUGGAGGCCUUGCAGCGAAAAAUACUUUCCUUAUCUGCCAAGUCCACGUCCAAUUAUUCGAUCACAAAAAGAUAACAGAAAAACGAAUGAAAAUGCUCGUCAUCUCGAUGAUGACACAGAGCUAGACAAAAAUUUCGUCAGCCGUCGUUGGCCUGUUGCUUACCUUCAUUGUGAACCUCCACCGAAUGAAAGGGAUUCGAUCGCAGCAACCAAUAUUCAAAAAGAUCAUCCAUCAAAUAACGUAACAAGAACGCGAAAAAGAGUCGAAAAAUCGACAGACCAACCCGGAAAACUAUUAAGAUUAUCAGAAAUAUCUCAGGAAAUUCCAGUGAAAAGCAAAAACGAAAGCUUAGAUUCUUCAGGCCACGUCAAUUCCAAGUUAUUAGUAACUGAGUUAAGAUUUGGAAAAGUGGAACGUAUCCCCAAGCCUGCAAGAAAUCGUCGUCGAAGUAAAAAUGUUACAACGGAAAAUCUGACGUAUCGUAAUGACACUAGGACUUCAUAAUAGAAAUAUUAUAUGAUUUAAAAUUUUUUUAUAAUUGUAGUGAAAAUCAGAUGAUUUUAAUGUUAUUUAACAAUAUCAGUAUUUACACGUUUUUUCAAUAAACUAAGGUUAUUUUAUAAUUUAUGAAAAAAGCGAAAUAAGCUAUUUUAAAAAGAUAUUUGUACAUAUAAGACACGAGAUUUUAUAUUGUUUUAAUCAGUAAGGCCAGAAGUAUUUAAAAGUGUUCAAUUGUGAUUAUUUCUUUACUUCUAACUGCCAGAAUGUUAUUGGAUUAUACUAUAAUUAUUAUUGAGUUUUUAGCUCUAAUUAUGUUUAAAGUU